UAGCACGACCACUGUCAAUCGUGACACUGAGGAAACAAACACCACCAACAGCGGACCUAAAAAACUCAGACAGAAAUGGGGAAAGGACUAAGGAUACCUCCGAGAUAAAAACAAGAACAAACUUGCAAACAGUAGUAAAAAAAUGAAAGUGAAAUGUCUGUGUCUCCUACUAAGACUUAAUAAUUUUUAUUAGUCUAGAUAUCCUAGAUAUCUGGGCGUUGUCUGUCUUUAAAAUAAUAAUAAAAGAUCCUUACAUAUAUAUUUAUUUAUUUAUUUGUUUGCUCUGACAAAUAAAUAAAUAAGGAAUUAUGGACGACAAUUAUAUCAGACUCGAAAAUUAUGAAAUGCUCAAAGCAUUGUACGAUUUUAAAGCAACUUUUGCCAAAACACUGAGCUUCCGUGAAAAUGAUCAUUUUAUAUUACAUCAAACUAAUACCAAACAACGAAAUUGGUGGCAAGUUGUUAACAAUACCGGUCAGCUGGGUUAUAUUCCAUCAAAUUAUGUAACUACGGUCAAGGUUCAACCCCAGUUCAUGAUAGACUUCUUGGAAGAAUGUAUCGACAAACUGCGCAGCGAAUUCGUAAAACCAGGAGCGCCAUUACCCAUAGACAAGCAAGACUUAGUGCAGCGUCUUGUAGAAAAGAAGCGACAAGCUGAAGUGAGUCGGAAGCCAAAAAAGCCAGCACCAUUGCCUCCAACUUUCAGCAGCACUUCUCCCAUAAAAGAAAUCCCAGUAACCAUCACGCCAACCACGACCAUCACAACAACACCUUCAUCUUCCUCUUCAAAACCCGAGAACUCAACAACACCAAGCGCUUCGUACGCCAGUGCCAAGUCAUUUCUUCCCGAAGAGCUGCAAAAAAUUCCGGAUUUCAACCGCCGAAACUCGAAUUCCGAACGUCGAUCAUCUUUUCCUCGGCAGUUGUCUUCAGAACUUCGAGAGACUUUGCCUAGACCAGAGCACAGCGUUCCAAAGUCAAUAGAACCUCCCAGAGCAGAACCUCCUCGAGUUCCUGACUCGGAAAAGCCGAACCCGAAUCGUCAGUCGCGAACUUCGCCGAAUAACACCAGCUUUGAAAUAGAUGCACGUGCUGCUUACAAGUUAUUGGACGAAGUAAGAAAAAACACACAGCUUAGCUACGAAAUGUCCAAGUUAGCAGUUACUGUGGUGGUUUCUGGCCUCCAGCAACUUCUUCCUGGCUCAGUGUCUCAUUAUUUUGAUACCGUGCUGAGUCAAUUGCAUAUGCCGCUGUUAAACUCGAAGAUGCGAAUCGAGGACACCUACGAUUCAACACGCCUCAAAAUCAUUUUUGAUGAACUGACUUCUUGCAAAGAAGACUCCCAGCAGCGAAGCUGGAUGCUUUACGAAGACGAGUCGAUAAUCGUCGAGUAUAUCAAGGAGUUGACGUCCAUUCUAACCAACGCUGAUGCCAGUGUUUCAAGACAUGCUUUGAGACAAGAUCAGUACAACGGAAUAAUGACUCUGAUCGAGUACUACCAGAUGGAAGCCAGAUGGACCAUCAGGCAAUUGUUGCUCCAGUCUUUUGGGGUGAUGUGUAGUUUAGAUCCAGUGGUGGUGGGAAUCAUGCUGAACAGUAUUCUUCCUAUGGAACUCGCGAGGGACAUGACUAGCAAUCCCAGGAAUGUCCCCAAGUUGAACUACUCUUCGCUGCUGAUGACUAUGAUCUUCUCGAUGGCUGAACCCAUGCCUAUUACCCACCUGGAGUAUCUGGGUGUUGAGUUCAUUGCGUUUUUGCUAGAUGGUAUUGAGGAUCCGCCUGAUACUGACCUGGAAGACCAGAUUCCUGAUUUGUUCACUAACCUGAUCCUGGCUUAUAAUUUGCAGUUUAAUUUUAAUGCGACAAGCAAUAGUAAUGCCAAUGUCAAUGAGAAUAUUUUCAUGAUGGCGCUGAGAGAAAGGACUAAUGCGAAAAUUUUUACCCAGAAGAUACUGUUUUUGUUGAACCGUGAAGAGGAUCCGGUGAGGAUCUUUGAUCAUCAGCCGGCUCCGAUGCACUCGGUGUUGAAGCUGUUUAUUGAUAUUUUUUCUAUUGAGGUCACUGCGACUUUGUUUUAUACUAAUGAUAUCAAGGUGUUGAUUGAUAUUGUACUCAGACAGCUGUUUGACAUUCCACCAGGAGAUAAGCGACGACUUUACUUAGAACUAUGCAGACGUGUUUUACGAACGACCGGUUACGACGAUCAUCGACAUCGCUCAGAAGACCUGCUGAAAUGCUUCACGCGAAUAUUCUGCGAAGAAGGCCCCGAGAGUCAAGGUGAUCAGAAACUGAUACGUGAAAUUAGUAAUGAAUUUCCUAGUCUAUUUAAAAUGUGACAUAUAUUGUCUUCCUCCUUGUACAAGGAGGUCGAGGACGAUGAUUUGCAAACGCUUGUAUAAAUAUAAGGUACAAUUAUUAUUUUUCUUUCAAUUUAAUUAGUUAAAUUUGUUUAACAGCACGUCAUUUAGUUGAACUUACUUUUUGCGUUUAAGCAAAAAAAAAAAAAAUAUAAAAAUUGUAAAU